AUGAUCUUCUUCCGGGAUCCUAUGCUCAUAUGGCACGAGCAGUCUAACCGCUACAACACAGAGCUGUGGCACUUCAAGAAGCAGACUGCUGAGUUUAUAAAGGGAAUAAACCAGGACCAUGGUACCCUGCGCCAAGACCUGGAGUGGAUGGGGGUCUGGGUGGACUGUGUGGAGAGAGAGAUGGACUACGUCGAGACCCAGAAUCCGGCUAGUGCCUGUGUGAACCAGGCAGACAGAAUGGUGGAUGUGGACCAGGAGGUGAAGGAGAGGUUGAAGGAGAGGAAGAAAGGGGGAGAGGAGGAGGAUGGGUACUCCAGAGUCUCGGGUGAGCAGAGAGAGGAGCAGUGGGAGGCAGUUGGGGGAGCUCUGACGUCUUGCACAGGAUGAUUGCCUUUGAUCUAGAGCCUUUAUAGGGGACCAGUCUCCUAUUUGUACCACAUAGACACGGUACGAAGUCCUAUUUCACAGACAGGUUCAUUUGUUCAACUGUAUAACAUAGAAUGUAAAACACAGAGCAAAGAGUUUCAGUAUCACAAAGAGUUUCAGCAUCACUAAAAGGUUUAUAAAAUGUUAAGAAGUGGUUUAUAAACCAUGAAUGAUUAGUUUAUACCCUCUAAUAAACAGUUAGAACAUUAAUGUAAAGCGUUUAGCAGGGGCUCUUAAGGUGACGGCAAACAUAGUUUCGGUUUGCUCCUAGCAGAACUCGGCUAGGCGACUCGAACGUCUGUGCUCGCAUACUCCUUAAAGACAUUCGCUUGAAAAAAUGAAAAAAGCUGAACGGCGGUAUUACUGUUGUUUGUCCCUCUUGAGCCACCGUAGCAACAACAUAGCCAUAACAUUUCCUCAAAAUAGUCAGAAUUAAUCUAAGAUAAAUCAAGAAAUCUGUAAUUAAUUUAUGUGUUUUUUCAGAGGUCUUAGUCACACAAUUUGACACCUAACUAAGAUGUUGGUGCAGUAUUUCUCAAGUGAAAAAAUGUGCACGAAUACUAGUCGUCUCUCGUUGAAUGACAACAAACACUUAAUUGAAGAAUCCCAUCCAUAGUUCCCACUCCUACUAGGAGUAGUACUGUUGACCAAUCACAGACGAAGGGACAGAGACUUCGGCCACCGACUUGCCUCAAGAAAAAAUUGUGUGUGCACGAACAGCCCCCAAAACAAUUCCCGAAGACCAAAACGAACAAAAACGAACAACAUUUUGUCAUAAUAUAUGCGCAAACUGUUUAGACUGGAAAGCAUAUGGUAAGCUUUACUCUAUCUGAAAGGGGGAACAGGAUACUGACCUCAGGUCAGUGGCAUUAUACUUUGAAAGCCCAUAUUUAAGUAGUGUUCCAUGCAUACACAACAGUACCCACCAUUGUUAAUGAUUUGGAAUCAGUCUAUCCUGAUUGAGAGGACAUUUAUUUGUUGUCUUGAGAGAUCCAAUUUACUGUUGAUCAGCAAAAAGCUCUUUGAAGAAAAUACAAUUUUACUAUACACCAGCAUAUCUGUGUCCCACCCAUCUUGCCCAAUUUCCUUAGCUCCAUGUAGCUCUUUCUUCCACUUCCCUUUGAUUGUGUUGAGUUGAUUUUAAUUUGGACUGAAUUGGAAUAGCCUGCUGCAGCCUGCAGGGUAAAUGAUGUGCCCUGCAUAUUAAAGUAGACAUCAAAAUAUGUUUCAGGUGGGCAAGGACACUGCGGAGACAUGCUGAUGUAACACAUGAGACAGAAAUUUGAACUGGAUGCGUGGAUGCUGACAUACAAUUAAUAGACCAUUAACAUUUAUAAUACUUAUCUCUAAUCUGUUAUAAUACUUAUCUGUUGUCAUUUUAUAUACUGUACAAACUUCAAUGUGUUAGUAAUUACCUGAUUUUUCAUAACAUCUGACAAUGUUAUUUUUGCUACCUUUAGAUACUGUUAUUAUGACCACUAAUGAAAAUGGCUUUUCACAUACGAUACCGUCUCCAUUUCUCUGUCAACAGAUUGUGUGGAUAUAAUCUCCAGAAUCAGAGCCAUGAAGAUCCUGAAGAGGAUGGGCAGCCCCAAAGGCAUGUGGACUAUAUGGUGACCAGUGAGGAGGCUCCUCACCUGUACUUUCCCAGGAGGUAUGGAGCCCACACCAGUCUGAAGUACAAACCUCAGGAGAAACAGAUAUAUACCUGGGACGAUGGCUACCAGAUCCUAUACAAACUGUCCAUGAAGAGGAAGCUAAUGGUUUAA